CGGUUUGCUGCCACAUCGGCCCUUCUUCCUCCCCAAGUAGCAAACCGUUGUCAUCAUGGGUUUCGGUGAUCUGAAAGCACCCUCCGGUCUCAAAGUGCUGAAUGAUUUCCUUGCUGAUCGCAGCUACAUAGAAGGGCAUGUGCCUUCCCAGGCAGAUGUUGCUGUUUUUGAGGCAAUCGCAACCCCACCCCCAGCAGAACUUUGCCAUGCCCUCCGUUGGUUCAACCAUAUCAAGUCUUAUCAGAGCCAGAAGAACAGUCUUCCAGGUGUGAAGAAACCUUUGGGUCAGUAUGGCCCAGCAGGUGUGGGUGACUCCACCACAACAGUGGUCCAAAAGGCAGCUGCUGAUGACGACGACGACGAUGAGGUUGAUCUGUUUGGCUCUGACGAUGAGGAGGAUGCCGAGGCUGCAAGGCUAAAGGAGGAGCGUGUGGCAGCGUACGCUGCCAGGAAAGCAAACAAACCUACCCUCAUUGCCAAAUCGUCUAUUCUUUUGGAUGUCAAACCGUGGGACGACGAGACGGACAUGGCCAAGUUGGAGGAGUGCGUCCGCAGUAUUCAGAUGGAUGGACUCGUCUGGGGACAAUCAAAACUAGUACCGGUGGGAUAUGGCAUCAAAAAGCUGCAGAUCAACUGUGUGGUCGAAGAUGACAAGGUGGGCACUGACAUUCUGGAGGAGCACAUCACGGCUUUUGAGGAUUUUGUCCAGUCAAUGGACGUUGCUGCUUUUAACAAAAUCUGAGAAGAAAAAAAAAAUAAAGCACUUGGGUGAAUUUCA